CAUACGUUCAAAAAUGCACCGCCAUCGGUACCCACGAAAUCGACGCGAAAGAAAUGUCAGGGAAUUUGCGAGUUGUCGCAAUGUUAACACGAUCCCAGCUUCGCACCAUUUCUGAUUGCCUUCCAGAUGUUUGGAGCAGAUGACUUUUGGAUCGUGGAAUACUGAUUCCGCAUCUGACCAUAUGGCGACUCCCGGACCGAUUGAUCCACCAGCCUACCCUGUUUCCCAUCCGAAUCGCAAACAAUCAUCUUGAUUGCUCACGCGAUGGACCCAGCGAUAGUCUCUGCCUUUCAAAGCGCCCCACGAGCGUAUUUAGGAGACAUGAUCACACUUCCGAGGGAUUACAGGAUGCCUGAUCUAUCUUUGGUUCGGAGCCAAGCUGCUGAAGUUAUCCAACUCGCACGGGCUCCGAUACCGCAGCGAGGCGAGACUAUAGACUCUCUCCCACCGGGAUUGUGGUACAGAUACAAGCUUCCUCGGCUUUUUGAGUUCAGCUAUUUCUGCUCUGUCGAUGAUAUCCCAGAAGACAUUUUACCGCAGUGUAUCUGGUCUCUCGAAUGGUGGAUUCGUGGCCUUCUAGAAGGGUCAGAUGAGCAACUGAAGCCAUUCACCAAAUGCGUGGAGCGUAGGUGCGGAAAAGAUACUCCUAUACCAGCAAAGAAAGGACGGUACUAUAUGCUUAAAAUUUGUCGAUCCAAGAUUGCCGAAUACCUUCUCCACCCGCAAAUUAACCUACCACUGGAAGCUCUGUACCAUGUUCGAUGUUCUAUGGAGACAGUCAAGGAGCACGGCGGAGAGUCCGAUAUCUUCCAUACAAGCCCAGGGCUAUACAUUUCGCAUGCUAUAUGCCUCGCGCGCGCCAGGAUAGACGACGUUGAAGCAAAGACAGCUUUAUCACGUAUUAUCCAGGAUAUAACAUUCGACGCCGGCUCUGGAACUAUUGCGCAUCACGUCCAUGCAAAGGUGUAUCUUGCCCGUGUACUUCGGAGACUUGGGGAAGACGACGAAGCACAGAAACUGGAAGCAUGGCUAGUCAGAUGGUUCAAGAAGUAUCCACAUAAAUUUAAAAACGACAUUCUGGUAGGAAUGUUCACUACCGACAUUGGUCCAACUGUGGAUCCGGUUUUCACGGGCCUUGGCGGAUUUAAGUGGCUGGAUCAUAGGAAGGCAACUUUGAAAACGGUAAUGCGUCACGCGAGGUACUGCCAAAACUGCGGUGCUCGUGAACCGCAAGUGAAAUUGUUGAAAUGCCUGCAAUGCCACCAUACGCUGUACUGUUCCAAAGAAUGCCAGAAAAUGAACUGGCGCUACCACAAGAAAUACUGCAAAGAUGCUGCUGAGCAGACGAAGAAAAUAGCAGAAUUCGAGAAAAUUAGUGCUUCUGCGGCACAACAAUACCGAGACUGGAUGGAUAUCCGAGAUAAUAUUAUGCCUGGGAUGAUAGAGUGCUUCGCACACGCUCUAGGACUGGCACGCGAUGAAUCACGAGGCCGGACACAUAUCGUACUUCAGGAAGUCGAAUAUGUCCCGUCCAUGAAAAGUCGUCUCGACAGGUUCAGAACCACCAGAGUCGGAGUUUUCAAACAAGAAGAUGCUUGGAAAGACGUUGGGUCCAUAUUACGCCUAGAUCCAGGCGAGGCAAAGAUGCACAUCCGCGAUAUGCUCGAGGCGUUUGAUCAGAGACCUAUGCAAGAGCAGAUCGGCAGCCAAACGCUUAUUCCUAUAUUUAAUUUAGUGUUCUCGGCCAAGCGCAGCGAUGGCCAGGCAUAUCUCAGAAUGGGUAUGAUUUCGCGAAAGGAGCUAGUAUUGAUGCAACGCAGAACGGACUGGAGACGGGAUAUCAACGUAGAAGGGGAACCUCCCACUCAGUUCAAGUUACGUGGCGGCAAGAAUCCGGAUGCAGAAUUCAUCUUUUGAAGGUGUGAGUCAAAUUCUAAUUGUCGGCUAUACACAAGUGGUUAACGUU